AUGGAAAUACCACCAACUACCCAUCAAAUGAAGAGCAAGAACAAGGAUAAAAGAAAGAGAGAAUCAGUGAAAGUUGUCUACAUAUCAAGCCCCAUGAAGGUCAAGACUUGUGCAUCAAAGUUUCGGGCUACUGUACAAGAACUCACCGGUAGAAACUCCGAUGUGUCGCGGAUCAUGGAGUCUCAUAGUCAUGAAGCUGUUUCUGAUCAAACAGCCUCAAACUCAAUGAUUGAUCAUCUAUCGUCGAUUCGUGGUUCACUUGAUUCUCAUCGAGAGUCACCCACGAGCUCGGACUCGUUUCUCGGGCCUUUUGAUGAUGUGUUUAGGCCUCAUCAAAUGGAUGAGAAGUUCUCAGGGAUGUUUCCCAUGAGUUCAUUUUUUGAGUCUCCUCAGUUGGAUGUUCUUGGAAGCUAUGGUGCCAUGUAA